AUGCACCCACCAGUCUGCGCUGCGCCAGCAACGGGGAUCUGCCCAGCUGAAUCGGAUAUACCGGUGGUUCCAUUCGGCGCCUGUGGAGUCGGCUUGGUCCAUCCCCUGCCCCCGCCGGAUAAGGGCGCCAGGCCGCCUACCUCGAGCUUGCCGGUGGCUUGCUCUCCGCUGUUUCGGCUUUUCUUUCCCCUGACACUCCUUGAGGCACACAGGGGAUGGCUUGUGGGGUGGGGGCUGCCAGACGGAACAGCCGUCGCUUGCAGCCUCCUCCCGCCGCUGCCGUUGCCCCUCGUCGCUCUUUUCCUACAGCAGCUCAAUGAGAGGCUUCUGAAGUCCUCUGCCCCCAGUAAAUCCGAACAAGGCGCAUGCAGCAACAACAGCAGCAACGAGAGCAGCGAAAGCACUAGCAGCAACAGGAACCGUAACAGCAGCGGAACGACCAGCGGGGCAAGGAAUGAAGGCGACCUUGUCUUCGACUACCACGUGCUGCCGCAGCCCGUAGGACUUAUUGGUUGGUGGCGAGGAGCAGAUUUCAAUGCCACUUGUCCCUUUCCUCAGGGUGAGGUGUUCCUGUUCCUGCAGCAGCAGCAGCUGCAGCAGCAGCAGCACCAGGAACGGGACCAGACUGGGGUUGAGGCGCAAAACACAGCCGUUUGGCUAGACCUUUGGUUAGAAGGGUCUUCAGGCCUUCCUGUGCCACUCAGUAUUGUCUCGCACUUAGCAGCAAGGGACCAUGCUGCUACUUCGGCCAAAGCAGCAGCUGCUGCUGAAGAAGGCGGCAGGCGUCCUGCACGGAACUCGGGAGCCGACACAGCAGCAGGCGAAGGCCCUCCUGCUGUACCGGAAGCGCCGCUAUCACCAACAGCUACAGCUUCCCCUCGCUGUGUGGUAUUUUUGUAUAGGUUGCCGUCUUGGGUGAGCAGCAGCACGCUUGCUGCUGCUCCACACGAUGCAGCGCAGGCUUCUGCUGCUGCCGCCUUUGUUCAGAAGCCAACAGCUGCGCGGGCUCUGCUGCAGCAAGUGGCGGAGGGAAUUGGCACCGGUGGCCAGGAGCAGCAGCAGCUUCAGCAGCAGCGGAUGCUGAUGCGGCAUCACCGGGGAGGUGGUAACGACCAGUUGUGUGGUUUCGAGGCAUAUCUGGCACUCCUUAACGUCUCCGCAGCCGUCUACAGUAGCAUUCAACAGCAGCUACGCUGCUGGAGGCUGCUGCAGUUGCGUCAGCAAGCAGCAGCUGCAGCAGUUGGGGCAGCAUCUUCCGCAGAAGCGACAGCAGCAGCGGCAGCGCCCCGCGGUACUGAGUCGACUCCACCCGGCGUAGCCGCGCAGGAGGAGCAGCAGGGAGAGGGAGGGGAGAACUUUUCCAGGCCUUCUUCCUGCCGUGUCCGUUUUGUUGGCUGUUUGGUUGCGUUGUUGGAGCUGUUGUGUUAUCUAUUGUUGUCAUUUGCAAAUUGCGUGGGCGUCGUGUGUCGGGGUGUAUGCACACUACGGCUGUGGAUGCCCUUCGCUGCGCCUAGCAGCAUCUUGUGGUUUUCUGCCUCGUUACAGCAGAUUGUUAUGAGAUUUCGGAUUUGUGCGUCGUGGCCUGGGGCUCUGAGCCGCAAGCGAAGAUUUGCUGCUGCUCUGGACGAUUGCCGCCGGCGGGAGCAGGAGCAACAACAGCAACAGGCGGCGGCGGCAGCAGCAUCAGGGGCUCUGCAGUUAGGCGAUAUGCGUGUACCUGCACUGGUGUCUCCUCAGCCUCGGCUUCAACGGUCAUCCUUGCCUGGGGGGUUGUCUGUCUCCGCGUUGUGUCUGUACACCAGCAUUGCUGCUGUGGUUGUGGAUGUGCUCCUGGGUCUCUUCCUACCGCAGCUGUUGGCUGUGCUCAUUUAUCGGGCCAUCCCUGCAGAUGCCUGCUCUCCAGAGUAUCUCUCGCGCCUCAAGACGCCGCCUUCAGAGCCAGCUGCCUUGUCGCCCCUUUGGCCCAUCUCUCUCAGCGAGACCGCUCCUCCCCAGCUGUAUCCCUUCCCACAAGAGGAGCGGCAGCAGCAACAACAGCGGGUCUCGCUGCUGCACGAGCUGGAGGAUCAGCAGCAGCAGAAGCAGCAGCUGCAACAUGACGGAGGACUCUCUGGGGUUGAUAUAGCGGAUAGGAGCCUGAAGGCUCAAUACGAUUCGAGCGAGCAUAGCUGCCCCGCGGCUGUAGCGUCUUCGGCAGCAUCCCCUCCAGCAUCAGGAGCAGCAGCAUCAGGAUCAGCAGAAGCGGCAGGAGCCGCAGCAGCAGGAUCAGAAUCAAGAGGGCAGGCAGCUGGCUUGCGUAACGGGGGAGGGGUGGUGCCUCGGGAGCAGCCUUCUUGGCGAGAGUUGAUGGUGGAGCCGACAUCGACUUUGCUGCUGCGGCUUUUCAGCGGGUGUUACUGUUUUCUGCAUGUAGACUUGUUAACGGCUCAUGUGCAGUGGCUGAUGGAUUUCCCUGCGGGCCUCAAGCUGAACGCCAACUUAACUUGGGUCCUCGGCUCCGUUGUCUUGACCGCCUCGCACCUCUGGAACGACCUGACUGCUUACCUCCACUCUGCGGUCGCCACCGCCGAAGAGCGCAAACGUGGCUUGCUGCUACAGCUGCAGCAACUGCAGAUGCAACAGCACACCAAACAACACACUGCCAAGCCCCACACACCCCCAGGCCUGCUUCAGUCUCUGAACGAGACGGUUGCAACUGCCUCUCACAUGCUGCGCUCAUUGCUCUGGCAGCAGACGGGCGAAGAACCUUCAGCCCCCACCAACCCCAACACGUUCGCUGCUCCCCAACAACCUGUCCCGGCCGGAAGCGGCGGCAGCAGCACCAGCAUCAGGGGCUUAUGGGGCAAGUUUUUGCGGGUGUGGAGCGCGUGUCACUUAUGGGUCAAGACGGGGCUUGGCUCUGUGCUAAUGACCUUUCGUCUGGGUUGGCUGGGGCUGUCGGCGUCGUUGUUUGCUGCUGCGUCUGCAGACCUGUUGAUGGUGGGGACACUGCACAUAUUCUACGUGUACCUCGUGUGCGCCAGGCUGCUGCAUGUGAACCUCAAGAGUCUGCAUUCGCUCUUUCUGCUCUUCAGGGGACAGAAGUGGAACGUCCUGCGGCGUCGUGUGGACUCGGCGGACUUGCAGAUGGACCAGCUGCUUAUCGGUUGCAUUUUGUUUACAAUCACAGUGUGUCUCUUCCCGACAACUUUGGUAUUUUACAUAUCUUACCUCCUCCUUUGGCUCCUUGUCUUCGGAACCCAUGCGCUGCUCCGUCUCGCCGUCUGUCUCUUCCUCGCCUACCCUACCUGUCUCCUGGCCUUUCGGGCGACAGCCCCACACCUCCUUGCCGCAGGUGUCUCCUUCGAGCCUCUCACUGCCCUCAAAAAACAAGGAUGCUGCGGCAGAAGCAGCAGCAACAGCAGCAGCAGCGCUGGAGGCAGCAGCAACAACGCAAACGGCAAACCGCCCCACGCAGGCAAACGCAAGCAUGCGCAAAGUCCAGCCGACGCCGUUGAUGUGGCGCCGCGAGGUACAGAGGCGGCGGCACCUACUGAUGCAAGCCCAGCAGCUAGUAGCAGGGACAAUAUAUAUUUUAUGCUGCGGGCUCGCCCCAUAUCUUACGGAGACAUCAUUUGGCCACCUGUCUUCGCGGCGGCUAGAAACACACUCACGCCUCUCCACCCGUCCUCCUUAGUCCCCAAGAUACUUCAGGGGGACAUCAUCAGGCUCUCCAGCCAGAACUCAGCCUGGCCUGUGGCAGACAGUUGA